CCCGCCCUCCUCUCUCCCUCCCUCCCGGCCGCGGAGCAGCAUGGCGGAGCCCGGGCAGCGGCCGCGCGGCCGUCCGCCGCCCCUCUGAGCCCGGCUCGGGGGCAGCUGGGCGCACAGAUCAGACCCCCGCCCCCGCCGCGCUCGCCGCCGCACUUGUCCCACUGCGCGCCCCUGGAGCGCGGCGCACCCCUGGGACCUUGCGCACCCCAGGUCCCCAGCAUAAUCCCGGAUCCCGCACGCCGGGACCCCAGUACCGCCCCGGGAGUCCCGCACGCUCUGGACCGCGACGCAGCUCGGGACUUCCGCGCGCCCUGGACCCCGCGCGCUCUUAGAACCCCGGGCUCGGCCGACGGGGCUGUGUGCCCUGGUGAGGGGCCCGGGCCCCGCCCCCGCCCCGGCGGGUACCCCUCUUCCAACUGACGGAGCCCCGCCCCCGAGGGACCCCCAGGUUCGGCAGGGACAUCCAGCCACACCCCAGAGGGCUCCCAGCAUCCCGCAACGAGCCCCGCGCUCCUGAGGAACCUUGGUGCCCAGCUGGGGGCUCCCCGCCCCGCAGAGGGGGCGCCGCCCGGGAGGGUCCCCGCGCCCCGCGGGUCCUGGCAGGAUGCACGCCGCCCUGGCGGGGCCGCUGCUCGCCGCCCUCCUGGCCACCGCCCGCGCCCGCCCGCAACCCCUGGACGGAGGACAGUGUCGGCCGCCCGGAUCGCAAAGGGACCUCAACUCCUUUCUGUGGACUAUUCGGCGUGACCCCCCGGCCUACCUGUUUGGCACCAUCCACGUCCCCUACACCCGCGUCUGGGACUUCAUCCCGGACAACUCCAAGGCAGCCUUCCAGGCCAGUGCCCGUGUCUACUUCGAGCUGGACCUGACGGACCCCUACACCAUCACAGCGCUGGCCAGCUGCCAGCUGCUGCCCCACGGAGAGAACCUGCAGGACGUGCUGCCCCGCGAGCUCUACUGGCGCCUGAAGCGCCACCUGGACUACGUGAAGCUGAUGAUGCCCUCGUGGAUGACGCCGGCGCAGAGGGGCAAGGGGCUGUACGCUGACUACCUGUUCAAUGCCAUCGCGGGCAACUGGGAGCGCAAGAGGCCCGUGUGGGUGAUGCUGAUGGUGAACUCGCUCACGGAGACCGACGUGCGUUCUCGGGGCGUGCCCGUGCUCGACCUCUACCUGGCCCAGCAGGCCGAGAAGAUGAAGAAGAGCACAGGGGCCGUGGAGCGGGUGGAGGAGCAGUGCCAUCCACUCAAUGGGCUCAACUUCUCCCAGGUGCUGUUUGCCCUGAACCAGACCCUGCUGCAGCACGAGAGUGUGCGGGCUGGGAGCCUGCAGGCGCCCUACACCACGGAGGACCUCAUCAAGCACUACAACUGCGGGGACCUCAAUGCCGUCAUCUUCAACCACGACACGUCACAGCUGCCCAACUUUAUCAACACGACACUCCCGCCGCACGAGCAGGUGACAGCCCAGGAGAUCGACAGCUACUUCCGCCAGGAGCUCAUCUACAAGCGGAACGAGCGCAUGGGGAGGAGGGUCAUGGCGCUGCUUCAGGAGAACGAAGACAAGAUCUGCUUCUUUGCCUUCGGAGCAGGUCACUUUCUGGGGAACAACACAGUCAUUGACGUCCUCCGACAGGCGGGGCUGGAGGUGGAGCACACACCCGCAGGGCAGACCAUCCACAGCCCUGCCGCCAGGAGCCCUGCACCCCCAUCCGAGAGGACCUCAGCGAGCCCGGCCCCCGUGACCCCUCCUGCUGCCGUCCCCGCAGCACCCUCGGUGACCCCCACCGCCCCGCCUGAGGAGGAGGACCCAGCCCUAUCCCCACACCUCCUGCUCCCCGACAGCCUCAGCCAGCUGGAGGAGUUUGGGCGGCAGAACAAGUGGCACAAGAGGCAGAAUAAGCAGCAGCGGCCGCGGCAGUUCAAUGACCUCUGGGUCCGCAUCGAGGACAGCACCACCGCCUCGCCACCCCCGCUGCCCCUCCAGCCCACGCACAGCUCCAGCUCCGGGACCGCCAGGCCCCUCUUCCAGCUCUCCAACCAGCUCCGGCCGCAGGAAGAGCCGGGGUCUGCCAGCGGCUCAGUGCCCGCCCACUCACAGCCGGCCCUGGGCCUCCUCCCGGCCGUCGUCGCUGCCAGCUUUGCAGCCCCCUUCCUGCUGCACACCCUCGGGCCCUCCUGACCUCGGCUGCCAGGGCAGAGAAGCCAGAGAAACCGUAGGAGGGUCUGUGGCCGCACCCCUCUGCCCCUGCCACCCUCCUCCCAGGGGUGCCUGACACCUCACGGGCGGUCCAGUCGGGAUCCGUUAGAACCCUAGAGCUUUAUUGUUACCCGAGUUACAUCUUCUUUUUUGUAGAAGGAUCUUAAUUUCCCAUAGUGCUAUGGGGCUCCUUUGUAAAAUAUGUGUCCAUAUUAAAAAAGAAAAGUGUAUUUAUUCCACUGAUAAAACUAUUUUUAUGUGGCCUAUAUCAGUAACCCCUUAAUGAGCCCCAGCGCCAACCCAGGCGGGGAAGCCAGGCUGUCAGGACAUCUGUGACCUCAUGCGGACCGUGGCUGUGCACUGCCGGCUCCUGGACCACGGAAGCCUCCCGUGUCUGGGUCUGGCUUCUCCCACCGAGGGGACCUCAGAGGGAGGGGCAGGCAGACAAGCUUAGCUUUUGUGAAGCUGGAUUUGGGAGCCAGAGAUGUGAACGCUGAUGGUCCUUCCCUCCCGUGGAUGCAUCUGGGGCUUGGAAGACACUUUCGGAAAGAGAAUGCUGCUAUUUUGUAAACCCUGGGUGUCUGUGAACGGGCCUGCGGAGCUCUUGGUAAGUGUUCUGGCCAAGGCCCUGGGUAGAGGAAGAAGGUUGGUGCUGAGGGAGGUGGUUUCCCAGGCCCAUGCGCCUGAUGGUGAAACUAAGAGAGGAAACUGGUUGCCCAAGGUCAUUCAGCAAGUGGGAGAUCGGUAUGUGAAUCCAGACCUCUCUGCUCUGAUAGCAUUAAUCCAGCGUGGGUUACAGGAGAUGCUACUGAAGUCACAGCCAAAUGGAAUGAGCUGCCGCAGGGCAGGAGUCGGCACAGAGGGCAGUUUCAGGAACAGGGGCUCUGGGAGUCACAUGGUAAUACUAAUUGUAACGAGAGCCACCAUUUGUCCAAAGCCUACCAUGUGGCAGGCACUUUGCACACUCACUUUUAUCACUGAUCCUCACACCAGUUCUAUGAGAUACAACUAUCCCCAUUUCACAGAUGAGGAAACUGAGCCCCCAAAAGAGGUCAAGGGACUUGCUCAAGGUCACCCAGCCAGGACAUGGCCCCAAAGUAAUGAGAUGGAAAAGUGAUGCUUAUCUCCUGGAUCAGAUUCUGCCACGUUGUCUCUACACAGGGAAGCUCCAAGGGCCAGCACAAGCUUCUUACUUGGCCAAAGAGCCUGUUUGGCCCCAGUUACUCAUGUUGGUCACUCUUGCCAAAGGGCUCUUUGUGUGUGCCACAUGUCCCGGGCCCAGACUUGUCUUAUUCUGAAGCCAAUGAGAGGUUUUCCUGCCAAAUCAGAGGCUAGGGAAUGGGGGACAGCUGUGGGAAGCGUGGGGAGACAGGCAGCCAGUCAAAUGGGGACAGUCAGGCCACUACGACUCAGAGAGACAGACCUAGAUCCUCUGCCCCCAGGCGGUGGCCGAACAGGCAGAAGACCCUGUCUGGCUGCCUUCCAGUCCUAGACCCUCAUAGGGCUGGCAGCUCAUCAGUUACAGGGCCCUGGCACCGGAGAGCAGAAAGAACCCCUCAUCUGACCUAUAACUGUAAGAGUAGUAAUCAGGCCGGGGAGGGGGCAUUCCCCAAAAACUGCACAGCUGGGUAUUUGCUGAAUCCCAGACCAGUGCUCUCCAGCGUCACUGCACCAGGCCUUUCCCUGGCAGUCCUGGUAGUGACUGACUCACCCCAGUCCCCGCAGGGCAGCUGUCUCCCUUCUGAAGUAGUAGAGUCCAGGGCAGCUCAUUGGAUGGUCAGAGGUCCCACCGGCAUCUUGGCAGGCCUCUGAAUUCUUUUCCGCUCAGCCCUGGAUGGAUGUGUUUGAGCCUGAGACCUGGCAGGAGCCCUGAGCUCCACUUCAGAGGGUCCAGCCAGCCCCAUGGGCAUCAUGCUGUAAACUGAACUUGACCCCAGCCAGGGUUUAUCCUUGGCAGAAAUGUGACUUCCUAUUUCUGAGCGGGAAGGGGCUUAGCUGAGUUAUAAAGCAGGCUCAGAGGCCUGGGGGACAUCAAACACUUCGUGCGGAGCACUAUUUGGAUGAGAUAAGUGUAAAGGAAUUAGAAACACACAGGCCAGAUUUCCCUCUGCUCGGGGCAGAGUGUGGCAUGCGAUGUAUUGAGAUGGAACUUGAGGUUAAUUAAAGAUGAAGCAUUUGGGUAAACAGUCCAGGCACCUGACCGCGUGCCCAGAUCUGUGCCAGGCAUGGGGCCAGAGGUAAAUUAAUGCAGUGUGUGAUUAUCAAGCACACGCAGUGCCAGUCUCCAUGUCGGGCCCGAAUCUUGCCACCUUCCCGACCUAGAGGAACUCAGCAUUGAGAGGGACACGCAGCACAGUCCUGGGCUCCUAAAGGAACUUCAAGGUUAUCCUAUCCAGUCCCCUAACCAGGCAGAUUCAGCCCUAGUCUUCCCCAGACCCCUCCUUGGUGCAGUUUUGGGGGAUUCCAAGCUCUCCCUCAGAUAAGCACUCAAGCGUUUAAAGGAAGAUGGAUGUGCUAACUGGUUAGGUGGACGUGUGCCGCCCGGACAGAGCCAGCGUGGGUCAGACAUCUGCAGCCGAAGCGCGCUGAUCUCUGAGGACCACCCACUGGCCAGGGUCUGAAGUGAACUGAGCUUGCUGUUUAUAUCCCAGAAGGCCUGAGGCACAUUUAUGGAAAUUGAAUGGCUGGGGUGCGUGAAUUCUCUCAUUCUGGGCCGGAGAGCCUUCAUUCCAUCGGCAGCCAAUCACACACUUGGAAAUGAUCUACCCACCACUGCUGACAUUUUUCCCAGCAUGUGCUAUGUGCUCAGCCUCAUAAAAUGUCCCCGUUGUUCUGCGAGCCUCGCGUACACUUCUUAGGGCUUUCACAUUGGCCUUGAGGCAGGCAGAGAAGAUGGACGGGCUGAGACCCAGCAGGUUACGUGACCUGCCUAAGGUUAGGCAACAAGUUAGUGGGGGCCCAGAUCCCCUUGCUCUCAGGAAACCUGACUGAAUGACCCCGGAGUUUUCUGGGACUGGUCAGCAUAGCCAUGCUUCUAGCCUUCUUCCAGGCUGGGUGCCACCCCACAGCCAGAUGUAGGCCUGGACUGAAGGUGCAUGAGCCAGGCUGCCAGGAGCUGCACAAGGCCAUCGAGGGCCCCUCCACCUCUGAGAUUCAAAGAUCUGGUGUCCAGGCAGCACGGACACCUGUACUUACCAGCAAGGUCACCUUUGCUCUGAAAGACCAUUAGUCGAAUGCUCCAUCUUCUAUUUCUUGGUCUCAGCCAGACUUGGGAAAACCUAGAGGCUCAGGGUUCUGUCCUACCUGCCCAGCCUUCAGUCUGGUGCCAUUGACAACAGAUCCCAAGGAAAGGUCCCCCACCACAGGAAAGCUUAUGAUAAACACCGUGAAGGAUAAGAGACAUUCUGCCUGGGAAUGGCAGCUUUGAUAGUUUGUGUGCAGAGAACAGAACUGGAGCUGGCGAUAGUGUUUCCAUGGCCGUGGGAUAAGAACCAAAUCCUCAACCUGGCAUUCUAGACUCUCCAUGAUCUGGUCCUGCUGACCUUGCCAGCUGCAUCUCUCAUCUUUCCCACUCUGUGCCUGACCAGACUGAACCAUAUUUGUCAUUUCUAGGAUAGAUAGGACGUUUCACACAUGCUGCUUGCUAGGCCUGGGAACUCCCUUCUCUUACUCUAACUGCUCAUUUUUUGAGGAUCAACUCAGAUGACACCUCCUCCAAGAAGCCCCCCGUGAUUCCUUUGUGCUGAGACUGUCUAAUUGCACGUGUGCUCUCUUAUUGGAUUGUGGGCUCCACGGUGGCAAGAGUCAUGUGAACUCAUAUCUGUAUCUUCAUCUGACACAAAGAUGGCACUCAACAGCUGUGCAGAAAGGGAAGGAGAGAGAAAGAAAUGAAGGAAGGAAAGAAGGAGAGAGGCCGAUGUUAGCUUUGCUAGUGGAAUAGUUUCUACAAAGCCAAAAUUGUGUGAGAAUGGACAGGUGCCCCUGCAGGUGAGUCUCUGUCAGGAGAGGUGUGUGAGCAGGGGCUGUAGGCACCCUGGCUGGAGAGAUAUGGCAGAGAUUUAAAGUCUUGGCCAGGGACUGAGGCAGAUGACAUCGAGAGUCCCUCCUGGCUCUGUUAUGCUCAGGUUCUUUGAACAUUGUGAAUUUUCCAAAACUUCAUCUCAGCAGCCAGAAAAAUCACCCGGCUGGCUGUCUAAACCAAUAAGGUUCAGGAAUCAGUCCAGCCGCGCACCACAGUUCUCCAAGAGCCCAGCCAGCCUGACGGAAUUGGCAGGCUCGGCCAGCUGCCCUGGGGCAGGGGGACUUCUGGGCCAUGGGGGAGGGCUGGACUGGAACCCAGGACCCUGGCUCCAGCCCGGAGCUGAUUGUCUCCCUGCCCCCACCCUUGGGGAGGGAAGGACGGGGUCAUGAGAGCCCACUGAGCCUCACCUGGCCCUGGCCCAGGAGCAUCAGCUUCCCCCACCCUUUCUCUGACUGUGGCACUUCCUUCCCGGAGAUACUCUGGAGAGUCCUCACUUUGCUGGUGACCUUGGGCAAGUCCCUGCCCCUCUCUGAGCAUCCAUUUCCUCAUCUGUCGAACAGAGACCUUGUUUCCUGCCUGGGGUAUUCUGGAGGGGUGGGCAGAUGCUGUGUGCAAUCUUGGGGCUCCAAGAAGGCCAGACGCCACUCCUCCCCAGGAUCAAUGCUGGGCUCUCCUCCCAGGACCCGCAGUCCGCUAUGGGCUUGGGAGCGCAGCGGGAAGGAGAGGUGGCAGAGUAGCUUCAAAGGGUCGCUCCAUCAUGAGUCCCACGAGGGGGAAAGUGCGCUUUGAAUGGGGCCUCAGUCUAAGGAGUUUCCGGUGGGGCUUUUAGGCAUCUUGGGUCCCCAUAGCUGGGGUGGCAGGGCCUAGCUCUUGGCCAAGGGAGAGUCUAGCCCAAAACAGAGGCAGCCAGAGCCCCAGCCCUGGGCCUCAGAGGGAUCGCAGAAGGUCCCCACCGGACUCGCACUGUGUGACACACGCUUCAGACCUUAAUGUAUUUGAAAGUAUCCGUGAUGCUGUUCUUUCGAUCACCUCUCCCCUGCACCUCUGUGAAUUAUGAAGAGUUCUUUAAGAAUAUAAUAGAAGACAAAGAAAGAUGCUAUUAAUGUUAUUUUGCCAAAAAUAUUUUUGUAGCAUAAUAUAUUAAUAAAAGACAUUAUGAAUUCAG